GCUCCGAAAUUAUCCUCCCAAUUGCGGAGCGACGGAGUUGUGUGCUUCGAGAGACAGUUUUGCUCACUGUCUGUGCGACUUCUUGCUGCUCUUUCCUUCAUUCGCUCCAUUGCAAUUGCAAUUGAGUUUUGGGUUUCGGGUGUGUAGCUGCUCAUUUAAUUUUGGGUUUUUGGAAUUUUGGAGAGGGGGGUGGGGAGAGAGUGGGGGGGGGGGGUGAGGGAUGGAAGUGGGCGCGGCAAUGGCGUCGGUCUCCUCUUGCGCGACGUCGUCGUCGUCGUUGCUGGCGUUGACAGCCAGUGCGAAGCAAGUAAAUGUGCAGGAGCUUGGUUCGUUCAGGGCUUUGUGCGGUGGGGUCAAACUCAGCGGUUCGUCAAGGGUGAUGUUGGCGAGGACCGGAAGGGGGAGUGCUGUGCGAGUGAUCAGCAAGCAAGCGUCCGUGUCCACACCCACGAAGGAGAGUGCGGUUGAGAAGGAGGCUUAUGAUUGCGUCGUGGUGGGGGCCGGAAUUUCGGGUUUGUGUACUGCGCAGGCUCUCGCUACUAGACAUGGAUCUGUAGUAGGCAAUGUUCUGGUCACGGAAGCAAGAGAUCGAGUGGGAGGAAACAUCACAACAGUUCAGGGUGAUGGAUUUCUGUGGGAGGAGGGCCCCAACAGCUUCCAACCUAACGAUUCAAUGUUGGCCGCAGCGAUAGAUAGCGGGUUGAAGGAUGAAUUGGUCUUGGGAGAUCCAAAAUCCCCUCGAUACGUGUUGUGGGGUGGCCGAUUGCGGCCUGUGCCUGCAGGUCCAGCUGAUUUACCUUUCUUCGACCUACUCAGCAUCUUUGGAAAGCUUCGGGCUGGUUUUGGAGCUAUGGGAUUGAGGCCUGGAGCUCCAGGCCGUGAGGAGUCAGUGCAGGAGUUUGUGACUCGUAAUCUGGGCCAGGAGGUCUUUGAGCGGCUGAUUGAGCCUUUCUGUUCUGGUGUGUACGCCGGAGAUCCUUCGAAAUUGAGCAUGAAAGCUGCCUUCGGUAAGGUAUGGAAGUUGGAAGAAAUAGGUGGGAGUAUUAUUGGAGGCACAAUUAAAAUGAUUCAAGAAAGGCAAAAAAAUCCUCCACCUCCUCGUGAUGAACGACUCCCCAAACCAAAGGGUCAGACCGUUGGUUCCUUUAAAAAGGGGUUGAUUACUCUUCCAAAUGCAAUCGCUGCACAAUUAGGUGAUAAAGUGAAGCUUAAUUGGAAGCUUACCACCAUUAAGAAGACCGAUGCUGGCUACGCCUUGACAUACGAGACACCUGAAGGAACAAAGACCGUGCAAGCACGUUCUCUAGUUCUCACUGUGCCGGCGUACAUUGCUAAGGAGAUUCUGCGCCCCCUCUCUGAAGGGGCAGCCGAAGCGCUUUCUCAAUUUUACUACCCUCCGGUUUGUGCCUGCACUAUCUCGUACCCCUUGUCAGCUCUACGUGAAGACCGGCUGACAGACGGAAAGCUGUUUGGAUUUGGGCAGCUUCACCCCCGUAGUCAAGGUGUGCAGACACUAGGUACCAUUUACAGCUCCUCCUUAUUUCCUAAUCGGGCUCCAGAGGAUCGUGUACUACUGCUCAAUUACAUCGGUGGUGCUCAAUACCCACAAAUUAUGGAGAAGAGUGACGAGGAAAUCGUGAAGACGGUGGAUAAGGACCUCCGAACAAUGCUCUUGAAACCCGAUGCCCCUGCUCCACAAAUGCACGGAGUACGAACUUGGCCAAAGGCCAUACCUCAGUUUACCAUUGGCCAUCUCGAUCAUUUAGAAUCUGCGAAAAAUGCGUUGCAAAAUGCAAAGUUGGACGGGCUGUUUUUGGGAGGAAACUAUGUAGUGGGUGUGGCCCUGGGUCGAUGUGUUGAAGGUGCAUAUGAAAGUGCGCAGGCUAUUUCACAAUAUGUCGCUACGACAACAGCAAAGACUAGUUCAGUAUGACUUAAUACAAUAGAUGAGCAAAUUUUGUAAUGUUCAAAAAAGUGUAGCAGGUAGAUACUGAAACAGCACUGUAAUUUUCAUUUUAAUGUAUCCAACUAAUUUGGAAUAUAUCAAGCAUACGUUACUUCACUUA